UAAACCAAAACAUAGGUUUAGUUCUGCUUGAAAUGUACCUUACAUAGGAAAAAACAAGAAAAAAACAUUCUUCUCUGUUGUCUUAUUCAGUGUUGCAUCACAGUGAAGUAGAAGGAAACAUGACCUUUUGAUCCAAUGUUAAUGAUAAAACCUCCACUUUGCUGCAGGCACAGUGUUUUGACUCAUUGAAUUGCAUGUAAGUGGUUACCAGGACCUGAGGAUGAGCAGGUGGGGAGAGAGGCUGAAGAAGGUGGAGCGGCUGGCUCUGUCGUUUCAGCAGAACCCCUUGACGACGCCGUACAAACCUCGGCUGUGGCCGAACCAGCCCUCCUCUGUCUGGAAACUCUUCCCUCGACAAAACCUGGCCAUCAGCUUCGCUCACAGCUGCAAAGAGGCUGUUCAUGUUUUUGCACUUGAAAAAGAAAAAGCUUUGUUGGGUCAAAGGAUUUACCUGGUCACAAGUUACAGCGAACUGUGGCAUUAUUACAGGGUGUACCCGCAGUCCUUGAUGCAUUGUUAUGAGGUGAUACCAGAGGGGGCGGUGUGUAAGCUGUACUUCGACUUGGAGUUUCACAAACCUUCAAACAAAGGGUCUGAUGGAAACUCUAUGGUUUCCCUGUUCAUCAAGUAUGUCUGUGACAAGUUGGUGGAAGUUUAUGGGAUUGAAUGCUGUGUGAAAAAUGUGCUGAACCUGGACUCCAGCACGGAGGAAAAGUUCAGCCGACAUCUUAUCUUCAUGCUACAAAAUGCAGCUUUUAAAGACAACAUCCAUGUUGGUAGAUUCAUCCAUGCUAUUCUUCAACCCGUAAUAAGCAAGCUCAAAAGCGACAGCCGUCUUCAUAAAGGGGACAUUUCACCGACAGACUACAGGCACACAAAUAUUGAUGCUGAACUGGCUCAGAGUCCAGAUAUGAAAAGGCAGAAACAGGAAGUGAGAGAUCUCAGCUUCCUGCUGGUGAAAAACAAGGACGGUCGUAACGGCCUUUUUGUUGAUCUGGGUGUGUACACCAAGAACAGGAACUUUCGGCUGUACAAGUCCUCAAAGGUGGGGAGGAACGCAGCAUUCACCGUGGCUGAAGACAACCAGUUCACUGGCAAACCUGCCAAAGGAAAGUCUGCUGAAGAAAAUGUCUUCCUGGCAUCUUUAGUGUGUAACAUCAGUUUCACGGGCCAGAGGAUUCUUACAUGGGACGAUCCAGAAACAAAAGAAGUUAAAAAUCCAACAGCACACAGUCACCUGGGUCUCGAUUCAAAUCAAGGCACAUUUUCUGGCUGCCUGUCCUCUCCUUACAAAGAAGUGGACAACUUUGUGUUUACCUUGGUCAGAAAGGAUGGGGUUCAGGGAAGCAUUCGACGAUGGAACUACUUUGCUGCAGACCAACUUCUCGUUUAUGACAUCGCCAAAUAUCGCUGGUGUGAAAACAUCAGCAGGUUCCAUAAGAGCAACAACAUCAUGAUUGUUGUGGACCUUAAAGAGGAGGUCUGGUACCAGAAGUGUCAUGAUCCAGACUGCAGGAACUUCAGGUCCUCAAGUUUCCCACUUCCACAAGAGAUCUGUGUCAGCUACAUCCUGACUCUGGAUGAGGAGGAUCAGGCGUACCUAAUGGACGACACUGGCAACAUUGAACCCAGCCAGCCCCCAAACAGCUCCGUGCAUCCGACAGAGGAGACUCCUGAAGUGUGGGGAGAUGAGCAGGACGAGCGUGAAUUUUUAAAGAGUCUGAAUGAUUUUGAACAAAAAAGUACUGAGAUCUCAGAUGAGCUUCUACUCACAUGUGUGGCAGACUUUGACUCCUAGCAGGCGACAAAGAUCGGUGCUUCCAGUCGCCACAGCAGAACGUACUCCGAAACAAAUCAUAGUUUAAAACAACUUCUCAAACUUAUUGACUCAGGAUAAAUGGCAAUAAAAGACUAUUAAGACACAUUUUGUAAAAAGAAAUAAUACUGCAGUCACUUUAAUGUUCUUAUAACUUAAUGUGCAAUAAUCUGUUCAUUAAAUGUUUCUGAAGUCCAAACAGAAUUGCAUCUUUUAUAGAUUUGUAAUCAAAAAGUGUCCUAUUAAAUGACAAAUGCAACAGAGCUUCACAAAAAUGUUGAAAGAUAUUUUAUUUGACAACAAUCCAAUUACUUCUGACAAAGAAAAUUUUAUUCCACCCCUCAAAAUUUAUUUUACAAGAGACAUAAAAAUGCAGCAGAGCUGAUAAUGUCAGAUAUUAUAUAUUGAGUUGUGCAGACA